GACAUUGCCGCUGGCGCUACUGGUUCACUAUCUUCUGAAGAGAUGAUUGAAAAUUUGGUAUGCUCGUACGAGCAGGAAAACAUACCCAGUGCAUUUCAGCCUAAUGUAUCAGUGACGGAAUGCGAUGAGGUUUUGGUGGACAGCGAAGCUUUAAGAAGACUGCGUGUUUAUCUAAAUUUCGUUUUUAACAAUAAAACAUUUGAUGAGCAAGGUAUUGAAGAUGCUGUUUCCAUAUUUAUCAAGGCACGCACUCCCGCAUCCUCUAUACUCUGUGACGGCCUUUGUGAUAUCUUAUGCGCUACUUAUGAUAUUGAUCACGCUGCACUUUUUCCGUUAUUUAAAUUCAUCUCGAAGGUCGGUUGCUUAUUUUAG